CCCGCAGAGAACAACAACCCCUCUUUUUUCUCUCUCUCUUUGCGCUGCAAAGGAGGCAGCAGCGGCCUAACCAAACCAAACCAAUCCGACCAUACCAAAAACCUUAUUUCUCCAAUAACCACCAUGGAGGCCCAACCUCCAACGCCCUCCACCGCUCCGCCGCUGUCCUCGGUGGCUCCGCCGCCACCUCACCUCAACUACCCCGAUUCCGUCGAGUCCUCCCCACGCUCCAGGAACACCGACUCCUGGGACGAACCCUUCCCGCCGGCCUCCACCAAGCUCCGCCUCAUGUGCAGCUACGGUGGACACAUCGUCCCUCGCCCUCACGAUAAGUCCCUCUGCUACGUCGGCGGCGACACCCGCAUCAUCGUGGUGGAACGCAACACCUCACUCGCGGACCUUUCCACGCGCCUCUCGAAAACCUUCCUGAACGGAAGAACCUUCACCCUCAAGUACCAGCUCCCCAACGAAGACCUCGAUUCCCUCAUUUCCGUUACAACCGAUGAAGACUUGGAGAACAUGAUCGACGAGUACGAUCGAACUACUGCCGCUAAUUCCUCCGUCAAACCCUCGCGAAUUCGUCUCUUUCUCUUCCCUACUAAACCCGAUUCCACUCACUCUAUUCCCCCUCAGAUUCUCGAUACCUCCGCCAAAUCCGAUGAUUGGUUCCUCAACGCCCUAAACGGCGCCGGAUUGCUCAAUCGAGGGUUUUCCGAUUCUGCUUCUGUUAAUUGCCUUUUGGGUCUUGAUGACGAGGUCGCCGGGAACAACCUUGAACCCGGUUCGAGGGAUGUUGCUGAAGGUGGUGGUUCUUCGCAGCCUGGAUCUUUUGGGAAUGGGAAGAAUUUGAAGCAGGAUGUUCACUCCGUUCCCGAUUCGCCUAUGUUGGAGACUACGUCGUCGUUUGGGUCUACUUCUUCGUCGCCGUCGCUGGCCAAUUUGCCUCCGAUUAGGGUCCACGUGGAGGAUGGGGGUGGGGUUAGGGUGCAGGAUCAGAAGGUGUUGGGGAUUGAGGAACAGUUUGCUCAGAUGGGUGUGGGUGUGGGUGUUGGUGUUGGGCAGAAGCAGGAUGAGGGCUUCGUGGUGCUGUCUUCGCCGCCUCCGCCGCCAGUGCCUGCUACCCUCUCCGCCGCAGCAGUGGGUGUGCCGAUUGGCCCUACGGCGGUGGCUGGUGAGUACCAAAACCGGGUUGUUUCUGAUGAUGAGAGAUCCGAUCAUGGGGUUCCCGUGGGGUAUAGAAAACCACCAACUCCUCAGCCACAGGCACAGUUGCAGACACAGACUCAGACCCAAACGCACGCUCCUCAAUUUCAACAAAAGUCAACCGGUGGCGGCGUUGUUGAUUUGCCUUCUCCUGAUUCAGUUUCAAGUGAUAGUAGUCUCAAUGCAAUUUCGCGUCCAAAACCAGUCUAUCAAGACCAAGUUCAGAUUCAAUCUGGGACUACAAGGGUUCCUAGUAACCCUGUGGAUCCGAAGCUUAAUGUGUCUGAUCCGCAUGGUCGGAUCCAGAUGCAGCAACAUGUACAGGACCCUGGAUAUUUAUUGCAACAGCAAUUUGAUCAGCAACAGCAGCAGCUGCCGCCUCAGCAGCAGCAGCAGCAGUUUAUACACGGCACACAUUUCAUUCACCAUAACCCUGCAAUUCCUACAUACUAUCCUGUAUAUCCUUCCCAGCAGCAGCCCCAUCACCAACAUCCCCAGGUUUACUAUGUGCCUGCAAGACAGGCCCAAGCUUAUAAUUUGCCCGUGCCACAGGCUAAUAUGGGCGAAUCUAAUGCUGCCAUCCCUUCUAGCCGGCCCCAGACUCCACCGAAUCCUGCUACAUUGGUUCCACAGUCUGCUGCUUACAAUGCCAUUAGAAACGCUCCCCUACCUAAAACUGAAAUGCCAGCAGCUGGUUACAGAGGUGCCACUGCAGGCACCCCUCAAUUAGUUCAAGUUCCUACAAGUCAGCAUCAGCAACAAUAUGUCACUUACUCCCAGAUCCACCAUCCAUCUCAGUCCAUAGCCCCCAAUUCUGCUGCCCCUCCCAACUAUGCUUUUGAUUAUGCAGACCCUGCUCAUGCUCAAAUAUACUACUCUCAACCUCUGGCACCCACAAUGCCUUCACAGUACCAGACCAUGACAGCUGCUGCUGUGGUGAUGCCGGAAGUUUCUGCUCAGCAUCCCUCAGAGGGUGUGAAGCAGCAGAUGAGAACCUCACAGCCAUUAUAAACUAGUCCUCCUUUAAAAAGAAACAAUUUUGAAAAAAAUGGGUUUGGUUUCCCUUUUAAGUUUUAUAUGCAGUUCCUGUCGUCAUGUUUGGUAACAGUUUGUGGUAUGUAUUUGCGAUAGAAAAAUAAGAAACUGUGAUCAUCUUGUACUCUUUCUUGUAUGUCAUAAUUUAUAGGAAAGGAAAUUGGUCCAAGGUUAUACUGUAAAAGUUCGAGUCUGAAACAUUGUAUUGUGAAGUUCAAAUAUCAAUUCCUGAAAUGAUUGUCAUAUAAAUUAGCGGGCAUCGUUUCUUGCUCUGGUCUUGUGGUUCGUGGUUCAUGAUAAACCAAUCCUGUUGACAAGUGCAAUGGAUGUGACCAUUUGAAGUUUUGGACUAGCAGUUUGGGCAAGUGCAAGAGGAAUGAUCAUCUUGUGCUAGGAUAAAGUUGUCCUUGGAACACCUUAUAUGACCACUGCCUUGAAGGACCACAAUUUUUUAUUCCCCUUUAUCAUUUUCUGUGUGGGAAAAUCUUUUUUCUGCUGAUUGACUAGGUUUUGCUGCGCAUGACCAAACAAAAAUGUCCUUGCAAGUUUUAGUUUGAAUUUGAUUCUCUUUGAUGAAAGCUACACCGUGAAUUAUCAUUCAACGCAUAACCGAAAAGCACAAUUUCUUCCGAUUUUGCUUCUAGACAAUCAAGUGGAUCCUUUAUGAUGAUCAUUUCAAGCUGCAAGAGUAUGACUUUAUACAGAAAUUAGGUAGUCCUAUAAAAAUUGAUCACACGUGAAAAACACUGCGUUUGUAAUUGUCUUACCCCGGCACAAUGGCAUGCUUUUCAUGUAAUGCACGAAUACGUAACAGAAGGCAGAAGCAAUAAUUUUACAUUGUUAAGGCAACUAGAGGCUCUCAAUUCAAACGCUAUACUGUGCUUACGGGAGCAACUAUGACAAAGGCUGGCACUUAGCGGAAGCUAUACCAACUGAUAGACCAAGACACAAUGGUAUGUUAAUCGUGUUUAGUAAAAGUGUUUGAUUGAUAGGAAUUUUUAACGUAUAGUGAAUUUCAAGAUUAAAAUAAACCCUGCAUAACAGAGUGCACGUUGCAUAUGUUGGUUUCCCU